ACGAUGCUCCACACAGACUUCAGCUCUCUGCAGUACAAACCUAAGAGUGGUUGUUAGAAGAUAUCUUCAAACAAACUUUGGUUCAACUUGCAUGUCAAGACUUUUUGGGCUACCACUCUGUUUCCAAGGCAAUGAUCUUCACAGCAGAACAGGUGGCUUGCAUGUGCGAGGUUCUUCUGCAGAGCGGUUGCAUGGAUCGUCUUGCUGACUUCCUCCGCACUCUUCCUCCUCCUUCCAUCUCUUCUCCUUGCCCUGGGGAGCUGGAGAGUGUGCUGAAGGCUAAAGCCGCAGUGGCCUUUCACCAAGGCCGCUUCACAGAGCUCUACACCCUGCUGGAGGGCUUCACCUUCUCCCCACGCAGCCAACCGCUCCUGCAGCAGCUCUGGCUCAGAGCCCACUACAUAGAGGCCGAGAGGCAGAGGGGCCGACCCCUGGGAGCUGUGGGGAAGUAUCGCGUAAGGAGAAAGUUUCCUCUACCACACACCAUCUGGGACGGAGAGGAGACCAGCUACUGUUUCAAGGAAAAAUCACGCAGUAUACUCCGAGAGUGGUACCACCAUAAGCCGUAUCCCUCUACCCGGGAGAAGCGGGAGCUCGCAGUCGCCACCGGCCUGACAACCACCCAGGUUAGCAACUGGUUCAAGAACCGCCGGCAGAGGGACCGAACCACAGACGUUACUGUUUUCCCUGGAGGACCCUCAGGAGAAGUCUACCCUUCCUCUGACAACGACUGCUCACCUCCAGGCAGCCCACCUCCACCCCUCUUUCACCCACCACCUCCUCUGCGUCACAUCAUUUGAGUCUGCCCUUCAAAUGUUUAAAUUGUGGCUUAAAUGUCUUGGUAUUUUCUGUUCUAUAAGUAUAGCAUUUUGUUUUGCUUUGCUAUUUCUUGAAUGUGAGUUUUCUGGUGUCAGUAAUACAAAUACUUUGCAAACAUGACAGAUAAUGCACAUUUAAACUUAAAACAGAACACAACCGAUGCAUCACAUGGCUGGAUUAGAUUCAACAUACCCGUUCACACCUGGGAUUAUAUCCACAGUUAGAGGGUCUCUCACUCAUUCUGAAACACAACAUUCCCAUAUGGUAUCAAAAUAUUUCUAAGUUACUGUUUUUUUCUAGUAACAGCACUGCUCUGUAUAUGACUUCCAAAGAAAAACUGAAUAAAACCAUUUUAACUUUAUUGCAGAUGUUUCACUGCACCGAUGUGAAACAACAGUUGUUUGAUUUUCACUCACACCAUUGCACUGACACAAAAUGUUCAGUAUAGCCAUAUAACAUAAGGUAGCAAUUAAUAACAGCAGGAUGUAAGGCCAAGAGGAUCCUCACUCAAGUGAAGGUAACAGAAAUAUUCACAGAUACAACCUGGCUGUUGUUCACCAUUG